AGAAAUUUUUUACAGUGUAAACUGAAUAAUUCAAAACGACGAAUUUUCUUGUUGUUGGCGUUUCUUUUCUUUUUACCACAAAAAAGCUCAAUUUUAUAAUGUUUUAAUUCCUUGUUCUUGUUGGGAAAUUGUUAAAAAAGUUCUCAGAGAGUGCCUUAAUGUUUUUCCGUGAAAAUUGCAGUUGAAAAUGAUGUGUGAUUCUGAAAAGAAUCGUUUGUUGAGGUUAAAGCAGGUGAGACUGCAAUCCAAGGAAAUUGCUCAAAAUAUCCGGGAACGAGUUGCAAAUGAGAAGCAGAGGCAGGAAGAAAGGAUAAAGGCUCAGAAAAUUGAGGAAGCCAGUAGGUGGAAGAGGAGAUAUUUUCAAGAGAAAGGAAAACAGUAUGCGACGUCUUUGUCUCACGUUGGGGAAGCUCAUGCUGAGGCUGAGAAGGAAAAACUACUUCCAGCAGUUCCCAAUAAAGCCAGAGUGAGGGCUAAGCCAAGAAUCCCGGAAGUGGCAAAGAAACGGACAGCCGUGCGAAGAAAAUCUCCGGAAAAAAUGAAGAAAACUUCAUCGAAAGUUGUUCAGACGUCUCCAAUGGAAGAGGAAGUUGUUAUUUCUUCCGAUAGUGAUUCCUCGAGUACCCUUGUGGAUGAAUUUCAGCUCAUCACCUCAUCGGAUUCCACUGAAAUCUCACUUCCUAAAGCCCCCAGAUCCCCGUUAAUCAGGAGAGAGGCUACAAUACGAAAACGUCCGGAAGAAGUUCUCAUGGAGAAUCAUCCCAUUGGAAUUCAGAGAGCCCCAGAAGGGGUUCUAACGGAGAAGAAUUGCUUCAGUCAAGUCUCAAACUUGCUUAAGAAGAAAAGUGGCUUGAAGGAAGUCAAUGCCUUUGACAUGCCCAGCUGGGGUAAUAGGCAGCCUCCUUUGACAAGAAGUCCUCCAUCGAGGGACUUUAAUCACUUCCUCAGAGAAGCUGAUCAAAGUGAAAAGCCCCCUGAAGAAGCUAGGUCACCGCGGAGAUUGUUAAACGGUCCUCACAGAGAUUCCAGGGCCGAGGAGAAAGCAAAAAGGAAGAAAAUCGUUGAGAGUCCUCGUUCGCACAACAAAAAAGUUCAUUACUACGAUCAUCCUAAUCGCUUUCACAAGACUUACAUCCAUCCGGAGGAUGCUGUCGUAAAGGCAGGACCAUCGAGGAGUCAAAAUGCCUACGAGGAUGCUCGAGAGGAGGUUUUCCGAGAGAAGUUUUCAAUGAAAAUGAAGGAUAUUGAAGACAAGGAGAGGAGCCGUGUUGAAAAAAUUCGAUCAGCUCAAGCUUUGGAGAAAGAACGAAUGCGAAGGCAAUACGAGAACUUACUGGGAAGAAUAGAUGAAGGUUUCAAGGAACUUAGCACCCCAGUACUGCAGAGAGAUGAGCACAACGAAGAACUUGUUGAACGAAGUGAAGAAGCUCUCAAUCCUGAAGAUUUUUCAUCUAAGAGGAAGGAAAAGGUCCCAAAUGGGCUUCUUCAAGAUGAUUUGGAUGUGGAUUUACUUGAAAUAAUGGGAAGAAUUCUCAACAAACUCGAUGAAAAUAAGGUACAAAUUAUUGAAGAAAUUCUCAGCAAGAGGAAUCCUGAAAAAUCAGAUGAGAAGAUUGAGAAAAUCAUCACACAAACGAAGGAUAUUGGAGUUCAAUCGCAAUAUUCCCCUCCGGAGAGGGAUACAUCGGAGUCAACGGUUGAUCAGGUUGAGAUUCAAACAGUUGGACAGGCGGACAAAGUGGAAGUUGUAUCCUUGAAGGAUCCAAAGAAGAAAUCUCAAAUACAAAUUGUAAUUAAUGUUAAGGACAACACGCCGAAAAUUAAUAACUUGGGCGCGAUGCCUGAAGAUGCAAUUGAGAUGGCGAACAAUGAGAAGAGGAAGCGCUCAAUAUCAUACAGAAAUCUUUCAGAUGUCAUUGGGAAGAAGUAUCCAAAGACUCCGGAGAAAAAAGGAAAAAUUCUUGUUGAUACAAUUUCAUCAAUCGCAUCAGAGAGCUCAGCUUCGACAGUCUAUCAUAGUCCUCCAUCUGCCCUUUACAAUGAUAUUUGUCACUUUAUGAAGGGAAUUCAGCAAGAAUUUCCCCUUCAGGGUGCUCCAGCGCUCAUGGAGAGAGCCCCUGUGCUCAAAAACAAAGCUCCUGCGGUAAAAGAUAAAGCUUCCUCGUCGAAAAAGGGAGAGAAGCAAUCAGAACUCCUUCGGAAGUACAUAACAAAGCUCCUGCAGAUGCCUCGAACUGAGGUGGAUGCUUUAAGCGUGAGUUCCGGAACGGAAAUUCCAACGCCCAAUGCAUCAGUUGUGAAUGUUCCACAGAAUAUUGCAGAAGAACCACAGAAAGAUAUCCCGAAUGAUCCUCUAAAACUUCCCAAAAAGACCAAGAAAACAAGUACAAAAUGCCCAACCCUUAAUGAAAUUCCCGUAGAGAGUAUAGCAGAACCUGCAGAAAGGUGUAAACCUCAAGAAAACAACAUUCCGCAGAGGAAAGAAGUUGAAAAGGAGAGGCAUCCAUCAAAAUCAUCAAGAGCAUCCCAAACUGUUCCGGAAGACAAGGAACUGCAGGAAUCUGAUUUGCUGAGAAUAAAAUACGCAGACUACACGGAGAAGUACAUGAAGAGGAUACUGAAGCUGUCCAAAUUGAUAAGUCAAGUGAGGAAUGAGAAGAAUCGCUUAAUAGCUGAAAAGCCUCUGAUUUCCUCCGGGAGUGACAAUGGGCUUGAUACAUCGACAAAGUACAAGGAUUUCCCGCAUAGAACAACGGGGGAGAGUACAACGGACAUGAGUAGUGUGUCAGAGAUGAAAUCCACCAGCACGGGGAAAGAUGAGCAGAUGGAGGGGAAUUUAACAGCGUGCAAAACAAUUGGAUUGAGCAAAGACAGUGGGAUUUCCAUUUCACGUCCUGUCACCUCGACGGAGAUAAGAGAUAGUCCGGAAGUCAGGUGGAUCCCCUUGAAACGAGGGGAGAAGGCAAAACUUCCAGCUGAGGAGGGUGCAGGGAGAAAAACAUUCGAAACAUCGAAGCCAGGAACAUUGAAAAGUUCCUCGCAUGAACUAUCGACGAUUGCUGAGAUGGAAACAUCGAGAAUCCCAGGAUCAUCCAUUGUGAGCAAUCAAUCGAAAGUUGAGGAGGCUUUUAGGGAUCUCAAGGAAGCCAUUGAGAGGAUUUCCAAUGAGAUUGAGUACCAGAGAUUCCCAUCUUUUGAGGAAUACGUCCAGAGGUUGGCUGAGAGUUUGCAAGAUCAAUCAAUGGGGCCCGAUGCAUCGGGGCAGGAGAGGAAGCUUCUUGAGUACUUUAAGGAUCUAUCGCGGGAAAUGAUUUUCCAGAAAUUCCCCUCAUACCGGGAAUUCCUUCAGCAAGAGGGAGUAGCAGCUGGUGCAACGGAUACAAUUGAUUUAGAGGCUGCUUCUGACAAUGCUGUUUCGGAAUUUAGUCUUCCGGACGUUGUUGCUGAGCUUAUUCAGCGAAAUGUUAUGGAUCAUCCCUUCAGGAAUUCUCCUACCGUUGAAGAAAUGUCCGCAGGAAAGCAAGCCCAUGCAGAGGAGGAAGCCGAGAAGCCGUCCAGGAAUGUCUCUGAUCAACAGACUGAAGUUCAACCGAGCAGUUCCAGUAGUAGCAUCAACUUGGAAGCAGAUUUCCGGCGGGUGGGACUUAGGUGGGCAGCAAAUAUGCUCGAAAGGACGCAUGAGCAUCAGCAAAUGUCCAGCAGUGACAGCUCAACGCAGCUCAAUAAUAUAUAUCCAAACCUCAGGGUUCCCUUUCUCAAUUUCCCCGGGAAUGAGAGCAGCUUUGUGGACAGGAAUAUCGCCAAGAGUCCUGAGAAAGAUUCCCCCAAAACCGCCGCGGAAGAAUCUCAGGAAGCAGGGAAACCGCUCAAUCUCCUGGAAUUCCUCAAUAGGGAGCUGGAAAAGAAGUCAGUCAGCUCAGUUUCCAUCGAUGACUCAUCCCUCACGAAUUCUCGCCUGAAAUCCCUGCUGGAUUCAAUCUCCCCGAAGGAGAUUCAAAGGACCUCAACACCUGUUACAGGGAGCAAAAUGCUGAGAUCAGCAAAAAAUUCAUCCAGUUUGACAAUCUCAACGGAAAGUAAACUUUCAUCGAUCGAUAGCGUUAAGGAAUAAUUUAGAAUUGUUAAAAUAAAAUGAAUUAAUGAAUAAAGCUGCUUUAAAAGUUUGGCUCAAAA